UUAAAUGUGGUGGCGCUCAGGGCGGUGUGUCAGAUACUGGGACAGGGAUGCUGAGGCCUCCAGUGACUGGAGCAUGUGAAGUGGGGUAAUCAUGAGGAGGAGUCUGGCUCCCAGUCAGCUGGCGAAGAGGAAGCAAGAUGAUUCUUCUGACGAUGAGGACUGGCAUGAAGAUGAAGUCCCAAAACGAAAACGUUCAGCCACUGAUAAAGAUGGUCCGGCGUGCUGGAUCUCGCCAUUUCGGAAGCCGUUGACGCCACUUACAAAUCGUCCGGUCUGUGUUGACAGCAGGCAACAUGAGGCAUUUAUACGCAGCAUAUUGUCAAAGCCCUUCAAAAUACCAAUUCCAAACUACAAAGGCGGCCUGGGCCUGCGAGCUCUGGGCAUUAAGAAAGCCGGUGUGAGGAGAGCGCUGCAUGAUCCUUUCGAGGAAGACGCUUUAGUUCUGUACGAGCCUCCUCCGCUGAGUGCACAUGAUCAGCUCAAAGUAGACAAGGAGAAGAUUCCUGUUCAUGUUGUGGUUGACCCAGUUCUCGGAAAGGUGUUGAGGCCCCAUCAGAGAGAAGGUGUGAAGUUCUUAUGGGAGUGUGUGACUGGCAGGAGCAUCACUGGAAGUUAUGGCUGCAUCAUGGCGGAUGAGAUGGGGUUGGGGAAGACCCUGCAGUGCAUUACUCUAAUGUGGACCUUACUGCGGCAAAGCCCGGAUGCCAAACCUGAAAUUGAGAAGGCUGUUGUUGUCUGUCCCUCCAGUUUGGUAAAAAACUGGUAUAAUGAAGUUGGUAAAUGGUUGAAAGGAGUAAUUCAGCCUCUGGCUAUCGAUGGAGGCUCCAAGGAUGAGAUAGACAGGCAACUAGCUAGUUUUAUGAAUCAGCACGGUGUCCGGGUACCUUCUCCAAUCUUAAUUAUCUCCUAUGAGACAUUCCGCCUGCAUGCUGAGGUCCUGCAUAAGGGUAGCGUGGGACUGGUAAUCUGUGAUGAGGGCCACAGAUUGAAGAAUUCUGAGAAUCAAACCUACCAAGCCCUAAACAGUCUGAAUACUGUGCGCCGAGUCCUCAUCUCUGGCACACCCAUUCAAAACGACCUUCUCGAGUACUUCAGCCUGGUGCACUUUGUCAAUGCUGGCAUUCUAGGUACAGCCCAAGAAUUUAAAAAACGCUUUGAAAUCCCUAUAUUGAAGGGCAGAGAUGCCGAUGCGAGUGUGGCAGAUAGACAGAAAGGAGAAGAGAAGCUCAAGGAGCUGAUCAGCAUUGUAAACAGAUGUCUGAUUAGAAGAACCUCAGACAUCCUCUCAAAGUACCUGCCGGUGAAGAUCGAGCAAGUGAUAUGUUGCAGAUUAACACCCUUGCAAUCCGAACUCUACAAACUCUUUUUAAAACAAGCCAAACCUGCGGAGGAGCUAAGCAAUGGGAAAAUGAGUGUAUCCUCGUUGUCAUCAAUUACUUCAUUAAAAAAGCUUUGCAACCAUCCAGUCCUGAUUUAUGAUAAGUGUGUAGAGGAGGAGGAAGGCUUUGAGGGGGCUGUGAGCUUAUUCCCACCCGGAUACAACGCCAAAUCAUUGGAGCCGCAGUUAUCGGGGAAAAUGCUGGUUUUAGAUUAUAUCCUUGCCGUCACCAGAAGCACAAGCAGUGAUAAAGUCGUUCUGGUGUCAAAUUAUACUCAAACUUUGGAUUUGUUUGAAAAGCUCUGCAGAUCUAGAAGGUAUCUGUAUGUGCGUUUGGAUGGGACCAUGUCAAUAAAGAAGAGGGCAAAGAUAGUGGAACGCUUUAAUAACCCUUCGAGCCCGGAAUUUGUCUUCAUGUUGAGCAGUAAAGCUGGUGGGUGUGGAUUGAAUCUGAUUGGUGCAAACAGGCUGGUGAUGUUUGACCCAGAUUGGAAUCCAGCUAAUGAUGAGCAGGCGAUGGCCCGGGUAUGGCGAGAUGGGCAGAAGAAGACUUGUUUCAUUUACCGGCUCCUCUCGACUGGCACGAUUGAGGAGAAGAUUUUCCAGCGUCAGACCCACAAAAAAGCUCUGAGUAGCUGCGUUGUGGACGAGGAGCAAGAUGUAGAGAGGCACUUUUCUAUUGGCGAGUUGAAGGAACUUUUCACCCUGAAUGAAGACACAAUCAGCGAUACCCACGACAAAUUCAAGUGUCGUCGCUGUGUAAACGGACAUCAGGUUAGACCGCCACCUGAUGGAACAGACUGUACGUCAGAUCUGACACAGUGGAAUCAUUGUGCCGACAAGCGAGGGCUGCAGGACACGGCAUUGAUGGCUGCCUGGGAUGCUGCAGUCACUUUUGCAUUUCAUCAUCGAUCCCACGAAGCUCAGAAGGGGGUCCUUUAAGAAAGAAUCAAAUCUGGACUAGUAAGACGACAUCACAUUCAAGAUUAUUUUUUUUGGUUUUUAAGGCAUUUGUCCUUUGAAGAAGGUUUUGAGCAAUCCUACUAGCUCAUAUUGUCCAAGUGUUCUCUGACUCCGAUGAACCCCGACACAGCUGAAUUUUAACUCUUGGCUGCCAUCUGGUGUCCAGGAAGAAGCUAUAUACAGUUAUUGAAGCAGUGACAGAAACCUAUUAAAGACCGUUUUACCGUCCUCUAAUGAAUGUUGACCCUAAAUAAGUGAGCUCAUUCCAUCAUACAGUAAAGAUUACAGAACUGUGAUUUUAUUUAUUUUUUCUGACGUAGUAAUAACUACUUUCCCCUUGUUUGCCAAUUUGAGAGAAGCGUCGGGAAGGGCAGGUUAAUGCUGAUCCUCAGCCGUAUUAGUGUUAUUAAAGCUUAUCGAAGACUAUGGAUUCUAAUCAUCCCUAAUACAACUCGUUAUUGGUUCUUGACUGCGCAUCCUCUGUCUGCUGACAAUAAGGUGAAAUAACUGCUCCUUUAAUCACGAACUAGCGGAAUCAUUUAAUAUGACGUACUCUCAGUACUUGGCAUGUGUUUUAAUAUGCUCGUCUUAAUGGUUGCCCAGAAUAUGUAAUAUGUAUGUAUAUAGUAGGUUUUUAUUUGCCUGUUCUUUUUUAUAUGUGCAUUGUAUUACUUUUUUUCCAGGGUUCCUGCGACCAUUUUCUGUUUACUUAGUGCAAAUGAUCAAAAUCCGCUUUUCUCGCAUUUGGGAAGGUACAAAGUUCCCGGCUAUUGUCCUACUGGAGUGUUACGGAGAUGUUUCCAGCAGUAUUGUUUUUAGAAAUAUUUCCGUAUGUUCCCAUUUAAAUGUUGAAUCUUCGGUCUUGGAUUACGAAUGGAAUGCAGCCAAGUGGGCAAAAUAGUUUUAUUUAGCAAUCUGUUUGGAUAUCGCUCCAGCAUUCUGAGCAGUAACUGACAAUCUAUAACAUGGACCCAGCUGGAUGUUUAUAGCCCUGAAUGAAAGCCUUGUGGCUUUCUAAUGUAAUUACUUUAUACA